CUUUAAAGCCCGUAGUAAUGUUUGUAGGACAUUAUACUUUUGAUAUCAGCAUUAUACCGAGAAGCAGAAUCUGCAGCUAUAGUAUGUGCCAUUCUUAUAUUUUCCUUCUUAUUGGACUUCUGGUGGUCACAUGCCUCCAGUCUGGUGUAAUGGGCAACAAUGCCAAAACUCCAAAGGAAUGCUGUUUUAAUUACUAUGAAAGACGAAUCCCCCCCAAUAAAGUUGAUUCCUACACAGAGACAAGAAGCGAUUGUCCCAAAGCUGGAGUCAUUUUUACCACAAAGAAGCCUCUGCGUAUCUGUGUGAAUCCUCAAUUAAGUUGGGUGAAGAAAAUCAUGCAACAAAUUGAUGAACUUGAUUUCUAGUAAUGCAGCUGGGACAACAGCCCAGUGGAGUGAUUUCUCUUUUGUGCUUUACUGAUCAUUUAGCUUAGUACUAAUUCUUUGCUUAUCUCUCCCCUUAUUACAAAAUUAUGUAACUGUCAUCAUUGUAAUUUGAUAUGUCAUGACAAAUAAAUGCAAGAUGUUCCCUG